CUGGUCUCCAGGAAGGCCUAGGGGCUUCCAAGAUGGAUCUCAAGUGUGCUCUGGAAGAAUGUUCAAUGGCACUGAACUUAUUUCUAAACAAUAAGUUCUCCGAAGCUCUGGAACUACUUCGUCCGUGGUCCAAAGAUAGCAUGUACCAUGCACUUGGAUACAGCACUAUUUUAGUUAUGCAAGCUGCUAUGACCUUUGAACAGCAGGAUAUACAAAUGGGAAUUUCUACAAUGAAGGAGGCUUUGCAAACCUGCCAAAGAUUCAGGAAAAGAAGCACAGUGGUGGAAUCUUUGUCCAAUCUAGUUUUGAAACAGUCAGUGGAUCAGUUGAGUGAAGAGGAAAUGCAUGCCGAAAUCUGCUAUGCUGAAUGCUUAUUACAGAAAGCAGCUCUCACCUUUGUACAGGAUGAAAAUAUGAUCAACUUUAUCAAAGGUGGACUCAAAAUUAGGACAAGUUACCAAAUAUACAAAGAAUGUCAUCAGGUGCUACAGAUGACUCAGGGGAACAAAAGCAGAAAUGAAACUUAUUACCAGUUUGAAGGAGGAGUAAAACUUGGAAUUGGAGCAUUCAACUUGAUGCUGUCACUUCUACCAGGAAGGAUCCUUCGACUUUUAGAAUUUAUUGGAUUUUCUGGCAAUAGGGAGUUGGGCCUCUGCCAACUACGGGAAGGCGCAUCUGGCAGCAGUUUGAGGGCCAUUCUGUGUACUUUCACCCUGUUGGUUUAUCAUACUUACGUCUCCUUAAUCCUUGGUACAGGAGAAGCCAAUCUUCAGGAAGCAGAAAGUCUUCUUGAACCCUACCUCCAGAAAUUUCCAAAUGGUUCCAUUAUUCUGUUUUAUGCUGCUAGAAUAGAUAUACUGAAAGGAAAUUUUGAAAAGGCACAGUUAAGAUUCCAAGACUGCAUAGCAGCCCAGCAAGAGUGGAAACAGAUUCAUCAUCUCUGCUACUGGGAACUGAUGUGGUGCUACACCUUCCAGCAGGACUGGCUUCAAGCAUAUCGAUAUGCAGACCUGCUCAGCAGAGAGAGCAGGUGGUCUAAGGCAAUAUAUGUAUUCCAGAAGGCAGCAAUUCUAUGUAUGCUUCCAGAGGAUGAUUUGAAGAGGACUGGUGAGGACGUCGUGUCUUUAUUCAGACAAGUGGAUGGUCUAAAACAGAGAAUUGCAGGAAAAUCUAUCCCAACUGAGAAGUUUGCAGUGAGGAAAGCUCGACGCUAUGCAAGUGCUCAACCAGUGAAGCUGAUAUUACCUGCCUUGGAAAUGAUGUAUGUCUGGAAUGGAUUUGCGAUUGUGGGCAAAAGAUCAGACCUUACUGAAAACUUACUGGUAACAAUUGAAAAAGAAGAAACUGCUCUACAAAAUGAAACUAAUCCCAAUGAGUAUUAUGUGGAUGAUGUGUGCAUGUUACAGCUACUGAAGGGCCUGUGCCUGAAACACUUGGGAAGACUCAUGCAAGCUGAACUGUGUUUCAGUAAAGUAAUUCAAAGUGAGAAGCAAAUAAAAUACGAUAGUUACUUGGUGCCGUUCACCCUAUAUGAAUUAGGUCUUCUGUACAAACAACAGGAUGAGAGAGAAAAGGCAAUAAGAUACAUAGAAACUGCAAAAAACAACUACAAAGAAUACUCUAUGGAGUCCAGGUUGCACUUCAGAAUUCAUGCGGCACUUGACAGCUUGAAGAUGUCGCCUGCUUCAACACCUUGAAUGAGGACGGAUGCUUUUCAUGCACACAAUAAAUAGCCUACACAAUCUUUUUGCAAUCUUUUUUUAAUCAUAGAAAAGAACAUAAUGAUUGUUUUCUGUCAUUUCUGAUUUGAUGUAUAUCAUUCCCAUAGACUUCUUUUUCUGUGUAGCACCUACACUGUAUCUACUUGCUAUUUUAAAGAAGACCUUAUAUUUUGUUUGAUAAAAAUAAUUUAAUAUUUGACUUAAAUGGGGGAUAUUUUAAAAAAAAAAAGAUGGUGCAAUAAAGUUUAAUGCGAACACUAUUUUUUUAUAUGAGAACAGAUGCUGGUUAUGCAGUGGAACUGGUAAUAAUUUAGCAUUUUUUGAAAGUUUGAUUUUCUGCAGUACACUUGAGACCUUUUUGCUUCUGGAAUAAAAAAGCAGAUAACCUUACCCACAUUUGGCACAAGCUAUUCUGAAAUUUGUGUUCCAGAGGAAAAAAUUUGUCAUCUUUGACUUAAUUUCGUUUUGGGAACAAAAUGAACCUGUCUAAAGUGCAAUAUUUUUACAUUGUCAGAGGAUGCUAAGCAGGGCUACAGUUAUAAUGUCUUUGUAGGUCUAUUUCACUCAAAAUAAGUUCUUACAGGGGAUAUUUUCCAGUCAUAGAAAAGCAUGACUGUAAGUGACAUUAAGAAAUCGUUCUGUAUCAUUGCUUUGAAGCAGAAUCAACAGUCUUGAGUUGUUCCUGACAGACUUGUUUGACUUGUUUAACAAUUAAAAAAAAAAAAAAAAAAAGCUUGCACUGAGAACAUUCAUUUUGCAACUUACAUAGGAUGUUUUUCCCAGUGGGAAAAGACUGGGAAAUUUUGCUUGGCGUCUACCCCAAAUAAUUCUUGGUACAACUGAAACUAGUUUUUUCCCAUCUUUCCUGUCAUAGACCUGGAGAAAGGAUUCUUCUUUUCCUUUUUGAAGCAAUCUUUUAAUAUAUGAAGACUAGCACCCUUUUUAGUAUUCUCUGUUCUUGGAUACCAACCAAAAAAAAAUAAAAUUGAGGAACAUAUAUAUUUUCCUAAUUAUGGGAAUACUCAUAUUAAUGGAAUUUGAUUGUACAUCAAAAAGGGAAUCCACUUUUAAAAUUGCAGUUAAGAAAAUGCAUAUAUUCUAAUCUAAUUUCUACCAAAAAUAUGUAGUAAAAUCGAGAUAUUUAUAAGAGCAUACAUUUCUCUUUUCAUUGUAAUAUGGGAAUAGCAGUAUCAAAUUAAAUUUCUGAUUUCUUUAGAUAUGCAGAUUCUAUCUGUCUGUUUUUAAAAAUAAGAAUAUAUUUGAUUUUAAUUUAAGUGUACACCCAGUAACUGUUCUUUCACUAGUUACUGCAAAAUUUGUCCAUUUCCAUAUUUUAUCAAUGCCAGUAUAUUUACUUCUGCAUGUAAAUUCAUAGUAACUGUGCUCAUGUAUGUGAUUCACUGCCCUAAACUUGCAUCUAAGAAAAAAUGGGACAAAAGGAAUAGGUGAAAAGUAUAUCUUUAGUAAAUGAGUAAAUGAAGUUCCUAAUUAAACAGUCAAUGUAAUGUAAAUGCAAUCAUUAUUCUUCUCAAGUGACUGAGAGCACAGCUUUCUUCUAUGACUUUAUAAAUAACUGGGUCAUUUAAUUGCUUAUAAUUCUGUAAUACAGCGGCAUACUUACAGGUCAAGUAAGGGUUUAAAAAUAUUAGCUAAAUAAACAUAAUGGAUCUUUCAAAG